AUGCUGAGUGCGGUGAAAGCUGAGUUGAGCAAACUUCAAGAUAGAAAUAGCGGAAUUCAGGAAGAAAUUAAAAGGGCUGCUGCCAAAGUGGGAGAAAAACAGAUAGAGUUAGGCAAAGCUAUGCAAGAGUAUGGUGCGGUAGAGGCAGACUUAAAUCGCCUUCGAACUCAAUAUCGAUCGUUGGAACGAACGCUCGAACAACUUGAGUUGGAUGAUGAUUUGUCAGUAGUGGACAACAUGCGAAAAAGUCUGGAUGAACUCAAUAACCAAAUAGCUGAGCUAGAAGAGGAGUUUACGAAACUGAAUGCGAGCACUUCUCAAAAGGAAAAUGAAAUCCAAGAGGUAAAUGAAGAGCUCAAUGCAUUGAGAGCAAAUUUCGCUGAAGCAAAGAAGAGAAUUGCUGACCUCGAGAAUGAAGAGGAAGAUAUUAUCGAAAAGGGUAGGAGUAUUGAUGCAGCGGUCGACUCAGAUAAAAGGCGAUUAGAGCGAAUACGAGAUUCGCUGGCAAAUAUGGAAUUAUCGAGCAAGCAACUCCAAGAAGAAAAGGUGAAUGCAGAGGAGAGGAAUGAAGAGGAAGAUAUUAUCGAGAAGGGUAGGACUAUUGAUGCAGCGGUCGACUCAGAUAAAAGGCGAUUAGAGCGAAUACGAGAUUCGCUGGCAAAUAUGGAAUUAUCGAGCAAGCAACUCCAAGAAGAAAAGGCGAAUGCAGAGGAGAGGGUGGGUGCAAAUUUUUAGCC